CAAGGGGUGUUGCAACUCAGCUUACUUGGGGGGGGGGAAUAAGCCAUGACUACGCUCCUCUAAUGGGGGCUUUCUUCUCCCACCUCUCCAGGCCCAAUCAAAGCUUCCUUCGCAGGUGCAGGCGACCAUAGCAAAAGCGGGACUUUGCAGGAGGCGCUUCGUAUCAACUCCUAACAAAACUGAGAAUGCCACACGGCAGCCCCCUCUCUCAGCCUUCCGUGGCGCCUCCACGGCCCCUGACUUCAUACGAGCGCGGGAGGGAUCUGUGCACCUUUGUGUCAACAGCAGCAUCCCACGUCAUGCGCACCUUGCAGAGACCCUGCAGGAGCCGGCCCGGCAAGAGGAAAGUGAACCACCGGAGGUUCCUACAGAACCAGAUUUGCAGGAGUUUCUCAGACAUUGAGGCUGCUACUCGCCGCUUGGCCUCCUCCAUCCUUUCCCAGGAGGCUAAGACACCCCCUGCAGCAUCUCAGCAAAUGAAUCCUCGCAAGCCCAACAACCCACCCCCAGUCCGGGCUCCUCCGGGCUCCUUUUUGGGCACAGCAGAGGCGUUUGUGGCUCCUGACCCCAGCCCCUGCUGGGCGCUCUCCCUUGACGCCCUGAUGUCAGGACCAGACGAACUUUUCGAGCCCAUCACCGAGGAGAUGGAACCGGCAAGCAACACCUUGUCUCUGUGUGGUCCCGAUCCCUUAGAGUCGUGCCUGCUGGGAUGUAAUAAUGCGCCAUCCGGCCUGCCGUCCAACGGAGAAGGUUCUGCAGCCUGUGGAGCUUGCCUAGUAGCUUCAGACCAGUGCUUUCCAGGGGCAUCUCAAUGCCCCAUCCCUGUCUCCAAUCCAGGGGCUCUGGUGGUUUCUGACUAUGACAACUGCAUGCCCUUCUGGGAGCUGGAAACAUGGUGA